AUGUCGUUUCGACCGCACUCCUCUGCCGUCACGGCGCUGGCACUGUCGGCUACCGGGCGGAUUGGCGUGAGCGCGUGCGUGGACUCGCCUGCUGUUGCGCUCAGCUCGGUUUUGAGUGGCAAGGUCGUCGCAGAGCUGGCCAACGACACCAUCAAGCCGGUCACGUUUCUGGGGUUCGACCCAGCGCAGCCCCAACGGCUGCUCAGUUGCUCCGGAGACGCGAAAAUCUGGGACAUCGAGACGCUGCAGCCCGUCGUGAAGAUGCACGGCUCCAACGUCGUCCAGGCCGCGUAUCUGGACAACGGCGUGGUAGCAGGCGGCAGCGGGACCAGCGUCGAUUUCUACGACUCGCGCGUCUCAGGCCGGCCCAUCGGCACUCUACAAGGGUACCACACAGACGACGUGCUCAGCAUUUAUGCUGCUACGGGCACACAGUUUGUUUCUGGCGGGAACGACGGGGUGGUGAACCUUUUCGAUCUGCGCGGAGCCAGGAACAUUGCUCUGGACACAGAGGUCGUUUUUGACAUGUUUGGCAGAAUCAGCGUGACUCAGGUGGCGUGGAAGUACGGCCGGUGUUUUGCAAAGCUGCAUGGCGCGGCCCGUAUAGUGGAAAUCGACUUUGUGCGCAAAGACAACGAGAUCACAUCACAGCACGCCGUCGUGGUGGAUGAAGAAAAAUAUCGGGUCGAUUUUGCAUUUGCGGGAGACACGCUGGUGGCAGGCGGCGACCGCGUGGUGGAGGUGGACAGCCAGAAGCCGCUGCUACAGGGCGAGCGCGGAGAGGUGCUAACGAGGCUGGCGUUCGCUGGGACAAGCGGCCUGUGUGCCUCGACUAAGGGAUACGUUUAUAGCCUUCGCCAGGACAUUUAA